ACUACUGAAGCUUUAGACAUGAAAAAAAGCCCGAUCUGUCUUGUGUUCUUUAAUAAUAAUUCAACAAUUGUUUGUGGCCUGUAAUCAAAACAAAAGCAGGCUUCUUCAACAGUUGAAGGACUUAAGUUUAUCUAUAAAACAAAAGAGAUAGGCCAUUUUUACUUUCCUCCGCUGCGUUUCUAAGUUACUGCUUUUGUUUUCUUUCUUAAUCUGUGUUGUGAAAACUACGACACAUUGCCUUGAAUAGCGACUUUCACAUCUUGUAGAAUUAAUUAACUUCACUUUUGGAUCAGGAGCAGCUUUAUAAAUUAUCGUUUACCAACGUCGAAAUUUCAAUUCAGUAAUAAUAUUAUAUCUGAAUUGCUUUUAUCUUAAAGUACCUGCAAGUAAUCCAUCCAACAGCUGAAAAUGGAGAAUGAAAGCUUCAGCACAAUUCUCUCCCACAUCUAUCAAGAUCUGGUUGAAAACUUUGACCUUACUAACCGCUUGGAGAAGCUAAAAACAUUUGCAGCCAACCAUCCUUUCAUCACAAUGUUUGGAAUUUUUACUAUUGUAUUAUGCAGUGUGCCUGUUGCCUGUUUCUUUGCCUUUACACUUUUCAGUAUUUUCCUUACAUUUGGUGGGUUUAUGUUUCUUGAAGGCUCUGAAUACAGCAUUUCUUCUCUGGAACGAUAUUUAAUGGAACAGUUCCAAUUGCUGACCAGAUGUCCUCAAGCCAUGUCAAGUGACAAUCCUGAACAAAACAUCAGCACAGGAUUCAAUGAAUCACAAGCAGGUACUGUCCUAACAUUCGCAACUAUCAUCUUAGGAGGAGUACUCAUUCUUAUGGGUGUAUUAUCAAUUGUCUUCAGUCUCUCAGUGGCAGUUGGUUUAUUUGUCUUUCAUAAAAGUAUUGAUGUCUUCAAUCGUUUUCAUCAGCAGUUCCAGCAUGCUCACAACUACCAUCAACAGCAACAACGUACUGCUUCAUCAGCUCCACCACAAUCUCCGCCAUCAGACCCACCAUCUCCUCCAUCAGCUCCAUCAUCUCAGCCAGACAAUUCCACUUCAGAUAACAAUCCUGUUAUCACAAGCUCACCAACAAAUACAAUCUAUCCAUCGCUGGCUUCACAGCUAGCAACAUCGGGUACAACAUCAUCAGUACCUGUUGAAAAUCUGACAUCCACUUCUCCGACCCGAAAUACUGUAUUAACUUCAACUCCAGUUGGGCUGUCAGCAAAUAACCAGGCAAAUAAUGUGGAGAACAUUAUAGAAUCAAAUCAGUCACAAUCAGUGUCAAAUACUGAACUGGACCAUGAAAUGUUAGCCAGGCAUGAUACACCCAAUGAAAGCCAAAUCCCAGGUACAAACGAAAAUGUUGAACUUUUAGGAGGACUUGCUGAUGCUGUAUCAAUGACACCCAGAAGUUUUGUAGACAACUCUAAUCUCCGCCAUCGGUCUUCAGGUGUGCCGGUCAGUACUAGUAAUCAACAGCCCACAGCAUCCAUGCCAGAAGUGUCACAUGAUGUAAUGACAUCAUCUCUAGAUUCCUCAGCAAACUUGAUUUCUGACAGCAACACUGUGGCUGUAAACGCACAUGACAUUUCAGAUGGCCUGAACUGGGAUACAUCAUCCUCUUCGUCCUCUUCUCUUAACCCUGGUGACCAGUGGGAGGUUCUACCCAGUCAUGCAGAAAGAACACAAGAUUCAAGUGCUUUUAGCAAUCCUGAAAACAUCCAUUAGAAUUUGAUUUGCUUCAUUGUAUCCAUAUAGCUGGAUCCAUUGUAGAUAUGAAAAAUUUACACUUAAGGGUUUUUUUUUUCUUUUUUCAAAUGAAGAAAAUAUUUUCUCUUGACUGUCUCUAAUUCUGUGUGUGAGAGUGGUGGGAGGGAGCUUUUAGUAAAUAUAAUGGCUGUGUACAUUAAUAUCUCCAUGUAUUGAAAUCUGAAUGGGCCAAUAAUUUGGUGCAAAUGCAACUAUACACUUUUAUGCAUUUAACUUUGAAAAGGGGAUGAAAAUUGCCUUUAUUUAAUGUAUAUAUUUAUUUGGAGAAUGCAUUUUGUUGGUGCAUGUGAGGGUGUAAGCACAAGACCUCAUGACUUUCCUCUAAAAUACACAAGUCUAAGGAUUAUUUUGGAGAUGUUUCAAGUUCCAAAACAAUAUAUUACAAUUAUUAAUUUUAAUUAUAUUUUCUCAAAAGUAAAACUGCUUUUUUUU